AUGCUACAUUUGCUUAGUGUCGUUAGACACGUUUUUUGGAAUGACAACUUAUUUGAUAAAUUUUUACUGCCCCCCGAAGCCGAUUUGGAGAAAUGCCAAACCUCAUUGGCCGACUUGGCAACUAUGACUGGCAGAGAACGUAUUGCCGUAUUUGAGGAAUGCGGUAUCCACAGUUCCCUUCACCCGGUGUUCCUUCGAGCGUUGCAAAGCUUGACUUCAAUUCAUGGAUCAGGCUCAAUCGUCGACAAUUACAUGCUACAUCCGCAUUUGAGCGCACACCAUUGGAGUCCUUCUUUAAAUGGCGCCCCCCUUCUUGGUUAUUCUUUCGUCAACAGUGAGGCGUUUGCGACGGAGAAGCCCGAAGAGCGUAUUCCCCGCCCUAAAGGAAAGAUGGUUUUAAAUAGCGGGGGUGCUAACUCAAAGACCAAGUACAAUGGAUUGCUAAACCAAGGAGCGACUUGCUAUUUGAACUCCCUACUACAAGCAUUAUUUCAUAUCUCAGAGUUUCGCUGGACCAUUUAUCAAAUGCCAACUGGCGAGGAGGGGGUGGAAAAAAAUGAUAUGGGUGUUAAACGAGCAAAAUCUAUUCCAUAUGCUCUUCAGAGAUUAUUUUGUCUUCUUCAACGAGGAAGCGAGGCGGUCGACACCACAGAACUGACUGAAUCCUUUGGAUGGAGCGCCACCGACAGCUUCAUCCAACACGAUGUUCACGAAAUGACAUGCACGUUGUUGGAUAACUUGGAAAACAAAUUGAAUCAGGUUCAACAACCCGAAAAAAGGGAUUCCUCACCUAGUACAAAGAAGAAUGCCAUCAGUCAACUAUUUGUUGGAGUAUUGGAAAACUUUGUCUGCGUAGACGAGGUAGAUUAUCAUGGAUCGAGGGAGGAAUUAUUCUACGAUAUUCAACUGCUCGUGAAGGACACCACCGAUAUCUACACAAGCUUUGAACGAUUGUUUCAGGUGGAGGUACUGGAUGGGAAAAACAAGUACUGCUUGGAAAAUAAUGGGACAAAGUCCUAUCAUCGAGCAGAAAAGGGUGUGCGCCUAAAACGUACCCCACCCAUUUUGCUUCUGCACUUGGCAAGAUUUGACUACGAUAUAGAGAAGGGAGAAACCAAGGUUUUGAGUCGUUGGGAUUACUAUAAUAACUUGGAUUUAUCGAAAUAUAUGCCUCAUGCUUCGAAAGAGGACACAAAUUAUACACUUUGUAGCGUUUUAGUUCAUUCCGGUUCUGAUGCUGGAUUUGGUCAUUAUUUCUGCUUCUUAAGGUGUUCAAAUGCAUGGUAUAGAUUUAAUGACGAAAUUGUCUCGCCAGCUUCUCUUCGAGAGGUUUUCGGGGCGAAUUUCGGUGGAUUUGAACUCAAUUAUUGGGGUUCAGAAGUUCCGAAUACAACUAAUGCCUAUAUGUUGGUGUAUGUACGAACCUCUGAAAUGGGGCAUUUAUUGCGACCCAUUGCGGCCGAUGAGGUUCCAUGGCAUGUCGUGCGCGAAUUAGAAUGGGAGCAAACACAAUAUGAACGACUUUUGAAAGAGCAGGCUGAAGAUCACCUCUACGGAAGGAUUUAUUUUCUGCAACCAUGCGACAUUGAGGAGGAGCAAGAGUUUCUGUCUUGUCGUCGACCGCGAGACCGGCAGUUUCCCUCAAAUACAACGCUUAGGAUUUUAUUGAGUACUGAAGCCCUACCUGCAUUUAAAGAGUUCGUUGAAAAGCAAUUGGGUAUUCCUAGUUCUGAACAACUACUUUGGUAUUCGGCAGCGAGAGGGGAAAAUAAUCAUGUUCGUUUACAUAAGCAAGUUGUUCAAGGUAUAACAGUAGCGGAUAUCUUGUGUGGUGAAAAGGAAAGCUGCGUUUUUGUUAUAACCCCUUCUAAUGCCAAUUAUGUUGAAGUUGACGAGGACGGGGAGGAUGACGCGGUUAAGUAUGAACUGUUUCAUCAUAAACUGUACAUUCCUCUGCGAUUGAAAGUUGUCUUUUUGGGAAGUACGGUUCUGGUUCACAGGAAAACCGUGGCCUCAGAAAAGGCGAUUGCGCUUAUGGAACCAUUUAUUCGGAAACGUAUUGCAGAGAUUCCCCCCGAUAAAAAUCUAAAACCCAAUCACCAUUUGGGCGGAGGAGACCGUUCAUGUAUAGGCGACUCUGAAACAUUGGCUGCGCCCUUCUCUGAGACACCGUUAGGUGAUGCAUUCACGCCCAGUUCUGGAGAACGUGCCGGGAAAAAAAAGGAGGCGUUAUCGGUACUGUGCGAGUCCGAGUACAAUACCUAUUCUAAAUGUUCACCGGUGUUGGAUUCUGGCGAUAUUUUAGUAUGGCAAGAGCCAUGUUCUGAGGAGGACAAAAGCGGUAUUUUUUAUCCCGAUAUUGUGAGUUUCCAGCACUUUCUUAGGCGUCGCGUUCCUGUGGAGAUUAAGUUGAAUCUUCCGCCUUCGUAUCCGACGCUGAUUGACACGCAGCUAGCGGAAACCAUGACGUAUGAACACCUGCAGCGGUAUGUGGCGCGUCUUAUCGGUGAUCCGCUAAAUUAUGAUCGUAUUCGUUUUACGAUGCACAACCCGGAGACGAAGUUGCCUUAUUUUAUGAAGGGUAGAAGAGCGGAGCGCCCAACUCUCGGACGAUUGUUAUCACCUCCGGUGCAACGGCGUGAGGUGCGCUCACGGUAUCUUUACUAUGAGUAUUGCAAGUACGCCGUGACGGAGAUCGAGGCAGCACAUUCUCUGCAGUUCAAAUUAUUUAGCGAGCGAGUGAAGCCAAUUAGUCAACACUGGGUGUUGCUGCCACUAGAAGCCCCAAUCACGCCGAAGGAACUCUUCAGGACGUGUGUUAAGGAGAUUCAGGAGGCGAAGCCUAGUGGUAUUUCUUCCUUUGCGACAACGUCAGUCUUGGCGAGGAGCGAGAAGGAAAGGGAGGGGCAACCGAAUGACUUGUUUGAUGCCGAUAUGAAGUUUUACAGGGAGCUUGAUCCUGAAGACGCAUGGCAGGAGCUCCGACUCGUUGACGUUUGGCGGGGAAGAAUCUACAACUUGUUUGACAAGGACCAUCCACACACCUUUGGACAUUCAACGUUUGAGGAGAGCGCGGAGUAUCGUAUUGAGCAAAUACCAAGGCACAUCGAGGGUAUUCCCCCGCAAAAUCAAUCCCUCAUCCAUGUACACCACUUCACCCUGGUUCGCCAGCGCUCAAAUUCUGUCGAAACACACGGAGAUCCGUUUAGCAUUUACAUUGACCACGCGGAAUUCGCUCCUGAUCUUUUGCGGCGUAUUGCGUAUAAACUAGGGCUUUCUGAGGCAGCCGUGGUGGACUGGAAAAUGGCGCUGGUAAAGGAGAAUUACGUUGUGGAGGUCCGGCCCAAUGUUCCACUGGGAAGACAGCUGUUUGAAUUCUGUCUUGAAGCUCACUACCUGCCCAACCAGCAAUAUCCUCUAAAGAUGGCAUUCCUGGGCCUCGAGCACGCUCCGUUGUUGAAGAGUUCCGUAAAGCGGGGGAGCCGGGUGGUCAUACUCAAUUAG